UUUGAAUGAAUGAAAGUUCUCCAUAUAUACAAAUAAAUUAUCGGCAAGAUGAACAGAAUCAUUCAUCUGUCUUUGGCCUUAAUAGUGUUUUCCCUCGUCAGCCACGGCCACCAUGAUGUCGAUCAUCACCAUGAUCAUCAUGACCCCAAAGCUGCUAUCAAAAUCCAGCGCAAUGUUGCUGAUUUUGCAACUGAAUUCUACAAAUUACUGGCGGCAAGAUCACAUGAAGAGAACAUUGUUUUCUCACCCUGCAGCAUUUUUAUAUUGCUUUCAGUUCUGUUAUUAGGAACAGAAUCAAACACCCAUGCAGAGAUUUUAAAUGGCCUUGGUUUUAACUUGACACACAUUCAAGAAGAUGAGAUCCACCAGGGGGCCCAUGAACUUCUCCAUCAGCUCAAACACUCAGAGAAUGAUUACAAGCUGGAUAUUGGACAGGGCCUGUUUUUAAAGGAAGACAUAGAACCAUUGCAGAAAUUUAUAGAUAAGAUUAAGGAAUUCUAUGAUGCAGAAAUCCAAGCCACAAAGUUUCAGGAACCAAGAGAAGCUGAAAAACAGAUCAAUGGUUACAUAAAGGAAAAAACACAUGGGAAAAUUGCAGAACUAGUCAAGGAUCUUGACCCAGAAACUGUCUUUGUUCUCACAAACUACAUAUUCUUUAAAGGCAACUGGAAGACUCCUUUUGAGUCAGAGUUCACAAGGGAAGAGGACUUCUUUGUGGAUCACAACACAACUGUCAAAGUCCAAAUGAUGCACAGGACCGGUUGGUUUUACUCCUAUUAUGAUAGGCAGCUGUCUUGCACAGUAGUGCGGAUUGACUACAAUGGUACAGCCACCACAUUUUUUGUUUUGCCUGAUCCUAAAAAAGAGAAGGAAUUGGAUGAGGCUCUGUCAGUGGAUACUCUGACAAAAUGGGCAAAAAAUGCACACAGGGGUACAGCUAUGGUCUCCAUCCCCAAGUUUGGUAUUUCAGCCACGUACAGCUUAAAGGAACCCCUCUCCCAGAUUGGUAUCACUGAAAUCUUUACUAAUCAUGCCAAUCUCACUGGAGUCACUGGGCAGCCUUUGAAACUGUCUAAAAUUACCCACAAAGCUGUGUUGACUGUUGAUGAAACUGGAGCUGAGGCAGCAGGAGCUACUGCUGCAGAAGCAAUUCCUAUGUCCUUGCCACCAGACUAUAGAUUUAACCAUCCUUUUCUAAUCUUCAUUUUUGAUUCAACGGUCAAUACUACGUUAUUUGUGGCCAAGAUAAAAAACCCAACACAGCCGUAAACAAUAGCAAAACUCCAGAGUGUAUUGGAUUUUGAAUACAGUUCAACAAUAAAAUAUUAUUGGAACAUGAAUUUCA